CUGCCUCCAUGCUGAGAUGUGUGCUAGCGACCUGUCCGAUAGGCUGAGCUUGCUCUCUUUACCAUGUAACUGCAAAAAGAAGAAUGCUUUAUUCCUCCACUAGUCCACCUGUGGCUUCAGGGGAGCCUAGCGCCACCCUGCACCCCACGCCCAAGGUGCUGACCCAGCCAGCGGGUACAAGAGUCAUGGAGAAUUCCUCCGCAAAACUCAACAGCUCGUUAGAGUUCCUGACUCUAUCGGAAUACAUAACGCCUUCAACUGUUUGGCAGGACCCUGAUCAGGGCCUGAACUUGCCCCUUCAGGUGUUCUUCUGCCUGGUCAUCAUCUGCGUGCUGCUGCUGGCCUUCCUCGGAAACAUGGUGGUCUGCCUCAUGGUUUACCAGAGAGCCGCUAUGCGUUCCGCUAUUAACAUCUUGCUGGCCAGUCUCGCCUUUGCUGAUAUGAUGCUAGCAGUCCUCAACAUGCCCUUUGCGCUAGUCACCAUGUUGACCACACGCUGGAUCUUCGGAGAGGCGUUUUGCCGCAUGUCGGCUAUGUUCUUCUGGAUGUUCCUGAUGGAGGGAGUAGCUAUUUUGAUGAUCAUCAGCGUGGAUCGCUUCCUAAUCAUUGUGCAAAAGCAGGACAAGCUUAGUCCACGCCGGGCCAAAGUGUUAAUUGCGGUCUCAUGGUCUCUAUCUUUCUGCUUUUCUUUCCCGCUUUCCAUUGGCCAUCCUGCCCUGUACAUUCCCCCCAGAGCACCACAGUGUGUUUUCGGCUACACGGGGGAGCGUGGUUACCAUGCUUACGUGAUGCUCAUUAUGCUGAUGUUCUUCUUUGUUCCGUUCCUGGUGAUGCUGUACACGUUCAUGGGCAUCUUGAGUACUCUCCGCCACAACGCGCUGCGCAUCCACUCCCACCCCGACUCGGUGUGCCUCAGCCAGGCCAGCAAGCUGGGUCUGAUGAGUCUGCAGAGGCCCUUUCAGAUGAAUGUUGACAUGAGCUUCAAAACACGUGCCUUCACCACGAUCCUCAUUCUGUUCUCAGUCUUCACCGCAUGCUGGGCUCCGUUCGCCACCUACAGCCUGCUGUCCACCUUCAGUCGUGCGUUCUACUACCGGCAGAACUUUUUUGAGAUCAGCACGUGGCUGCUGUGGACCUGCUACCUCAAAUCAGCCCUGAAUCCUCUCAUCUACUACUGGCGAAUCAAGAAGUUCCGUGACGCCUGCCUUGACCUGAUGCCCAAGUACUUCAAGUUCCUGCCGCAGCUUCCUGGCCACACUAAGAGACGUAUCCGCCCCAGUGCUGUUUAUGUGUGCGGGGAGCAUCGUUCUGUGGCGUAGUGGAGGACAUUUCUGACACCUCUUUUGUAAAUUUAUGGUACACUCUUAUCAAGCUGUGAUAUGUUUGGUCUUUCUUCAAACUGCAGGAUGUUUUAGCUGUAAAAGAUGGUACAGAUGAGAAGAUUUACAGAGCCUGUACAUUAAACUACUUUGAUUGCACAAUGUUUUUUAUAGGUUUUAGAUCUUAAUAGAAGUUUGUUCAUAUAUAAGUCAGGUGCUGCUAUAUUUGGUGAAAAUGUGCAAUCUUAUGUUUUAUGCCAUGA